AACAGACUGGCGACGAAGAUGGGAUCCGAAUUCCACUGGGCUACAAGACACCAUUAGCGGCGGUUCCGAAGCGCUGCGAAGAUACAGGCAGGAUGGCGACGUUGGGAAGGUUCGAUCAGUUCAUCGAGGACGGUGACGAAGAUUUUCAGUCCUACGUGGAGCGGUUCGACCACUUCCUGAAGGCCUCCCAGGUGAGCGACGACCUGAAGGUGUCAGUGUUCAUAACGGCAAUAGGAAAGAAGGCCUAUAAAACUCUGAAAACGUUGCUGGAGCCAGAAAAGCCAGAAAACAAGACGUACGCACAGUUAGUACAGACACUGAAAGAGCAGUACGUUCCCAAAACUUCCGUGAUUGCCGAGCGUUUCAAAUUCAAUCGUUGUUUCCAACAAGAUGGUCAAGCGGUGACAGCCUUCGCUGUAGAGCUGAAGCGGUUGGCGACAUCCUGUGAUUUCGGAACGUUUCUGGACGACGCUCUGCGCGACCGGUUUGUGGCAGGACUUUGUGACAAAGAAACACAAGCAGAGCUGCUAAAGACAAGCAAGCUGGCUUUUAAAGAGGCCUGCGAUAUCGCUAGGAGUAUCGAGUUGGCCCGGAAAGAAAGCCAGGAUUUUCAGCCCAAGUCGGCGCAAGGAAUGAUCAGCGCCCUUAACCACAAAACAGAUAGCGGGAAACGCCCACCACGCUGGAGAGAAGAAACUUCGGGGAUGCCUGCUGGCACCAGGGGGGCGGAACCACUGCACUGUUUCCGAUGCGGCUCAGAGCAUGAAGCAUCUAUCUGCAAAUUUCGCAAGUACCGUUGUCGGGUGUGUAAACGGGUUGGACACUUAGCGAAGAUGUGUAGGAACAGAGGUAGAGACGCUGCGAACGUGAUAGACGAGGAAAGUGACGCGGGUGAACAUGUGCUGUACAAUAUCUAUUCCUGUGAGGGGCGCACCAGACUCUACGAAAUUUGCCUGAAGCUAGAUCAGAAAAGUGUGCGCAUGCAGAUUGACACAGGGGCGUCUGUGUCAAUUGUACCAGAGUCACUGUGCAAGAAAUACUGGCCCAGCCUACCUUUAGAGCCAUGCAGUCUUAAGCUAAAAACCUACGGAGGCACUCCGCUGACGGUAAAAGGGAAGCUAAACGUUUCCGUAGAGCACAAUGGUCAGCACAAGCAACUUCCGCUAAUUGUCGUGAAAACAAACGAGAGUACUAACACUAUGCUGUUGGGGCGAUACUGGCUGUCAGCACUGAAGUUAGACUGGGCUAGUGUGCAUGGGGCAGUUAUGGAUGAGGAUGAAAGGACUUGCAUCGCGGCUAGCCGUACAUCUAAGACGAGUGCUGAUAGUCAGAGCUACAGAAAUUCGCGGUAG